AUGGUUGAAGAAGGACAAUAUGAUUACUAUAAGUUUGCGAUUGAUGAGGCUACUGUAGAAAAAAUAGUGGUAGGAAACAUCAAAGUUAUUGUAAAGAUAGAUGUGGAAAAGGAUGGAGCGGAUACUGAUGUAUCAAAGUACCCGGUUCUGUUCCCAUCUCUUCAUCAACACGAGUGGUCUUCACGCGACGUGGGUUCAAAGACCUUAAUAUCGAGAUCAAAAGAGAGAGCUCUGAGCUUGGGGACUUACACUAUAGGUGUCUACGGGUUCAAGGGAACAGUUAAAUACCAGGUUUCAGUACCAGGUUGCAUAUUGUUUAGGUUCCAAGACCACGAGAACAUGUAG